AGGGUCUAACUACGCCAUGUCUAACGGGGGCGGAGCCGCCAGCAGCUCCACUCACCUGCUGGACUUCCUAGAGGAGCCGAUUCCCGGUGUGGGGACCUACGACGACUUCCACACCAUCGACUGGGUGCGAGAGAAGUGCAAGGACCGUGAGAGACACAGGAAGAUCAACAGUAAGAAGAAGGAGUCAGCAUGGGAGUUCACAAAGAGCCUGUACGAUGCCUGGUCCGGGUGGCUGGUGGUGACGCUCACCGGCCUGGCCUCAGGUGCUUUGGCUGGCCUUAUUGAUAUUGCUGCUGAUUGGUUGAACGACCUGAAGGAGGGCGUGUGUCUGAGCGCCAUGUGGUUCAACCACGAGCAGUGCUGCUGGACGUCCAAUGAGACCACCUUCGCUGAGCGGGACAAGUGUCCCCAGUGGAAGAGCUGGGCUGAGCUAAUACUGGGGCAGGCCGAG